CUCACUUGACUCCCACCAUCAACGCCCCCCGGCUAUGUAAUUGCCGCCCUCGCCUCACGCGACCGUAUUUAUCUGCGGCAUGUAUCAGUUCUGGCGACCCUUGUCCUCCUUCUUCCACCAUCUCCCCUUCCACCGUCUCCGUGAGCAGCCGUAGAAGACCUUGGACUGAAAGAUGGCGUGGACACCUGCGAGAACGAUUGCGGAGUGCGACCGCAUCCUUAGUGCGCCCAACUCGUUCGCUGAGAUGCACCAGCGUGUCAUCGACGGGCGCGUUCAACGCGUGUACACCCACCUCUGGCCGACUUUCCGCGCGUUCUGGCUCGAGUGCGCGCAGAGGCACGCGCAGCAUGAGUAUCUUGUGUUCAAGGGCGAGCGAUGGACGUAUGGGGACGCGCAUAAGGAGGUCCUGCAAAUUGCGGGCUUGCUGAGCAAGGCGUAUGGUGUGAAGAAGGGAGACCGUGUCGGCAUCGUUAGCCGCAAUUAUCCGGAGUUCAUCUUCGCUUUCUGGGCCGUCCAGCUUUUGGGUGCGGUCGCUGUGGGCCCGAAUGCAUGGCUCCCCGCCGACGUCGUCAAACACUGCCUAUGCAACACCGACUGCAAGGUCAUCCUACUCGACGACGAGCGCGCGCAGAGUCUCGAGCCUUUGGUCGACCAAAUCAAGAAGGACGCGGGCUGCGUUGAGCUCUUGGUGUUCCGCGGAGGCGAUAGGCAGCCUAAGGGCAUGAAACGGCUCGUAGAUGCGCUGACGGAGUAUAAGCAGGAUGAACGCAGUGUUUUGCAGACUGAUCCUGGGAUCUUGCCGGAGGAUAACGCGACGGUGAUGUUUACUUCUGGGACGACCGGCCUUCCUAAGGGCGUCCUCAGCACUCAGCGCGCUGGCCUUUCCAACAUCAUCAAUGUCCUCGCCGGCAGCGUCAAAGACGCCCUCCGCAACGGUCUCAUCGACGCCGUAUCUAGGAACAUCGACCCGCCCGAGCCGCGCGGCGUAUCGUUAGUUGGGAUUCCGUUCUUUCAUGUAACGGGCUUGCAUAGCAUCAUGCUCGUCGUAACUUGCCUCGGCGGCAAGCUGGUGUUGAUGAAGAAGUGGAAUCCGGAAGAGGGCGCUCGCCUCAUCCUCCAAGAGAAGGUCACUACCGUCGGUGGCGUCCCCUCCCUCGUCUCCGACGUCGUCACCAUGGCCGAGAACGGCGGGCCGCUCGCCGGGUAUCCGCUCCUGGGCACCUCGGUCGGCGGCGCGGCGUCGCCGAGGGCGCUCAUCGAGAGGGCGAGGAGGAGCUUCGGGCAGGUGUCGAUCGGCUCCGGAUACGGCAUGACGGAGACGAACUCGGUGGCGGUGGGGGUUGUCGGGCAGGAAUACCUCGCAAGACCGAGUGCUUGCGGGCUCGCCUCUCCCAUAAACGACCUCCUCAUCGUCGAUGCGGAGUCGCUGAAGGUCUGCAAGCCUGGCCAGCUUGGUGAGGUGUGGAUACGAGGGGUGAAUGUGAUGAGGGGCUACUGGAAGGACGAGGCGGCAACGGCGAAGGCUAUCACGAAGGACGGCUACAUGCGCACGGGCGACCUUGGAGUCAUGGACUCUGAGGGGUUCUUGUACAUCCGCGAUCGACUAAAGGACAUCAUCAUCCGCGGUGGUGAGAACAUCGACUCCUCGACCGUCGAGAAUGCGCUGCACGCGGACGAGGGCGUGCUUGAGGCUGCCGCGGUCGCGGUGCCGGAUGAGAGAUUGGGCGAACUGCCCGCUGCGGUAGUAGCGGUGAAGGAGGGUCACCGGCAACGGGUCACUGAGGAAGGGUUGAUCAAGCUAGCGAGGAGCAGACUCCCUCGCUUCGCCGUGCCCGUGCUUAUCGUGAUUCAAACCCAUCCCCUCGAGCGCAAUGCGUCUCUGAAGCCGUUGAAGACUGAGCUUCGUAAGGUGGCACGGGCGGAGUGGGAGAAGCGUGGACGAAAGGCAAAGGUGAUCGAGGAGGCGAAGAUGUGACGGACGAUGGAUAAGAGCAGUCCUGAGGCCUUGUUAAACAAGAAAGAGUCGAUUUACUAUCCCAUCAUGCCUGUGGUUGCAAUAUUGCGGGCUCAGAAAUGGAUUCUUCAGAGGGAGUUGCCGAAGUAUG